AGCGAAUAUAUCCUUCUUUCAAAAAUUUCAGCUUUAUACUAUCAAUCGAUAAAAAGUCGACAAACAAGAAGACAUUCUAGAGAAAGAAGUAAUAUGUCAAAUGUUCAACAAAACAUAAAAUAACUAAAUGAAAAGGAAAAGGUCUUUAUUAGCAAUUAGAUUUAUUUUUCAAUGCCAACAAAAACUUUUUCGUCAUUCAACGAUAGAGAGUUUUCUCCUUUUUCUUGCUGCUAUCUUCAUCUUUUUUCCACGUUCACAUAGUAUAUAUGAAUUAUGUAUCACGUGCACGUGUGGAAGUACGAUUAAGAUAAAAGAGAGAAUACAAUCACUUUUCUUGAAUAUCAAGAAGUUCUUGUAGUUGUUUCAAAGGAAAUAUAAUUAUUUACAGUGAGUGAUUGGAAUAAUCUUUUCUUUUUUUGUUUAUUUUUCUAAUGGUCAAAUUAUUCAUUCUAUGGCAUAGUUUAGACUUCAGUGGCAUUAUGGACUGAUGCAUUACUUGCAUAUGCAUAUGCAUAUGAUAAAUUAAUUGUGUCUCAAUUACGUCUUGGUGUAGAAUUAAUUCGUCCAAAUAUUUCCUGUACUGAUGGUCGUGGAUGGCCAUUAGCAAUUGAACUUUAUUCAAAAUUUAAUCAAGUAAUUUCAUUAUUCUAG